AUGGCGCCAUCCGCGUCAAUCAUCACCAAAAUUAAGGUGCAGCUGAAGCUGUCAAUCGCGAGGUUACGCAUGGUCCAGCAGCGGGACGAGGCGGCGUCCAAGGUCCAACGGCGGGCCAUGGCGCAGCUGCUGGACCAGGGCAAGAUCGACUCGGCCCGCAUCCGGGUCGAGAACAUCAUCCGGUCCGACAUACAAGUGGAGCUGUACGAGAUGCUCGAGCUGUACUGCGAGCUGCUCCUGGCGCGCGCCGGCCUGCUCGACGCCCCCACCUGCGACCCUGGCCUCGAGGAGGCCGCCAAGAGCGUCAUCUACGCCGCCGGAAAGACCGAGAUCAAGGAGCUGCAGGCCGUCCGGCAGCUGCUGGGCGACAAGUUCGGCAAGGAGUUCGUCCUGGUCGCCACCAACAACUCGGACGGCAAGGUGUCGGAGAAGGUGGUCAAGAAGCUGAGCGUCACGCCGCCGCGAGAGGAGCUCGUGGCCGGAUACCUAGAGGAGAUAGCGAGGGCUUAUGGUGUUAACUGGCCGCGGAGGGUUGAGGAGGAGGAGGAGGAUGAGCCCGCGUUUGUCGACGAUGCCGGUGAGGGCGGUGGUGGCCAGGCGCAAAAGGCCGACGGCGCUACUGCUGAUGAUGCAGACAAUGCAGGGCUAAGCCGAGUAGCGCCGACAAAAUCGGCCGUACAACCUCUCCAAGUCAGCCCUCCCAGCCCGUCUACAGAAAACAUUAGGCCCAAGGUCACGCUAAACAAGAUGGAGCUCAAGCCGAGCAAGAGAAUGGUAGAUGCCGGCCUUGCUAAGAAGUCGACGGCAGGGGGUGCAAGCAAGCCCAUUGACGAUAUCAGAGAUGGUAUACCCAAUGCGGACGACCUUGCAAAGAGGUUUGCAGCGUUGAAGAGAUGA